ACCCUAGUCCUGUCACCGCCGGUGUUCACUCAGUCGCCGGCGACUGGUUCUCGUUAUCAGUCUUCCACUAAUUCUAAUGAACUUCGCGCAUGAUUUUUAAUACUUCGCAGUGAAAAUUUUCGAGCCGUUUCAUCUUUUUUUUUUUUUUCAAUCUUUUAUUGCCUGGGCUGUGAUAAUUAUUUUCUUCUGAGUUGAAUUUUUUAUUCAGCUUGUUGUAAUUUUUGUUCUGUUAUCGAAUAUUGAGGAUAAUCGAACUUUUAAAUCGACCAAUGUUGGACGAAAGCAAAUUCGAUGUGCAUUUGAAGCUCUGGGCGCUGCGAAUUCCCAGGGAACUUUGCAAAGCCGCCAUUAAAAUACUGAACGGGUACUUAAUUGAUAGGGCCCGUGUCAAACCCGUGACAGAAGAUCCAACAUGUGAUAAGAAUCGUUAUGUUAUAUUAUCUGAAAAAGUUCAAGCUCCUGAGUUAUCUCAAAUUCCAGAGGCCAAGCUUGAAGAAUUGAAAGGUUUAUGCGAGAUUGAACUAGUUCCCUAUUCACUAACUCUUGGAUAUUCUUAUUGGGGAGCAGAUCAUAUACUGAAGCAGAUUCUGCCUCCUAGAGUGGAAGUGCCUUCAUCUUUUGAAACAAUAGGUCACAUUGCUCACCUGAAUAUACAUGAUGAAUUGCUUCCUUAUAAGGAUGUCAUUGCGAAGGUUAUUUAUGAUAAAAAUUAUCCGAGAAUUAAAACAGUGGUAAAUAAAGUGGGGACCAUAACAAACAAGUUUCGGGUUCCAAAGUUUGAAAUUCUGAUGGGAGAGCAUGAUAUGGUAACAGAAGUGAAGCAAUAUGGAGCAACUUUUAAGCUUGACUAUGGUUUGGUCUACUGGAACUCAAGAUUGGAACAUGAACACGUACGGCUGGUUUCAUUGUUUCAACCAGGAGAGAUCAUUUGUGACAUGUUUGCCGGUAUUGGUCCUUUUGCUAUUCCAGCUGCUCAGAAAGAAUGUAUAGUAUAUGGCAAUGACUUGAAUCCGGACAGUGUUCAAUAUCUGAAGGUUAAUGCAGAAAUCAAUAAAGUUAGUGAUCGUGUUCAUGUAUAUAAUUUGGAUGCUAGGAAGUUCAUCUCUCAAUUGAUGAUAGUUCCGGAUAAUGAAAGUAAUUCAGAAUCUGUCACCUCAGUACUAAAAGCUUGCGAUAAAGGCAUUGGAGGGUCCAAUCAAGAAUCACCAUCGGCAAAUGUUCAGGUGGAAGAAGUCCAAGAAAAUAGUAAAAUUAGUGAUGAAACUGUAGAACAUUCAAGGAGUGCCGAUAUAUCCGUUUCUGUUCUUAAAAGAUCCUCAGAAAGUUGUGAGAAAGACGAUGGAAUUGUUGAUGAUGCUUCCAUCUCUGUAGCUGGUAGGAAAAAAAGAAACGCUAACAAGAGGAUGAAGGGGUCCAAUAUAUGUCAUGCUAGGACAUGGGAGCAUGUUGAUCAUGUGAUUAUGAACCUCCCUGCCUCUGCUUUACAAUUUCUCGAUGCAUUUAGGGGCUCAAUUCGGAGGAAGUACUGGAAGGGCUCCCUUCCUUGGAUUCACUGCUAUUGCUUCAUGCGAGCAAAUGAGAAUCAAGAUUUUAUCAUUUCGGAGGCUGAGUCUGCCUUGAAUGGUAAAAUACAAGACCCAGUUUUUCAUAGGGUCAGAGAUGUUGCACCAAACAAGGCGAUGUAUUGUUUAAGCUUUAGGCUCCCAGAACAAUGCUUCAACGAGACAUGACUAGCUGAGUCAAGUAAAACGAUAUCUGUUGCAGCGGUUCUUACUGAGCAAAACCUAAUUUUUCCAAUUCGUUCAUGCAGAGUUUUCUUAGUUCUGACAUUGUAAUUCAUAGUCGUUCGUGAGAUGUACAAGCUAGCUAUAUGAUACAGUAGGUCUGCUUCUAGGUGUCUCGGUUUUACUGUUGAGAUUGGUGUUUGGCUGUGAAAUAUGCUUGGAAAAUCUCCCAGAUUGGCUUGGUACAAUUCAUUAGUGAUCACUUGAUUUUGUAGAAAAAGCAAUGUCUAAUGCCAUAAGCUGUAACAAUAUGCCCCUUAAAAUGUGUAGCAUGUGCCAUGAUGAAGAGAAUCUCUAGUCUUAUUUUGCAAAAAGUGCUUUUCCAUUCUUCUUUAGUA